AAGGGUUUGUAGAGAAUUCAGUCGCUAGAAUCUGGGAACCAAUCAGACUGCCUGGCGGGUUUGGAGUUGUUUGUGCUGCUGAUCUGUCACACUUUUGUAAAAUAUUAUAUUACUUCACCAUGGCGUCAUUUGUGACUGAAGUGCUCGCCAGCUCUGGCAAACUGGAGAAAGAAGAUCUGUCCACUAAAAUAAGCAAAAUGUCGCGCAAAGUGGAAGAUACGAAGGAAGAAGUAUGUGACAUGAUAAACAAGAAGUAUGCUGACUUUCUUCCUAGUCUACAAGGAUCUGAGGAGCUAAUGGUACAGGUUGAUGAGGUCUCCAGAGAAAUGGAUGCCCUUAAAAGUUGCAUUGAGAAUGAGGUGCAGCAAAGCAUCCACGUGGCUGUUGCUGAGUAUGAAAAGCUGAAGCAGCAGCUCGCGAAAAAUACUGUCAUCAUAACAAUGCUAGGACACCUUAAAGAAUUUCACAAUGCAAUGGAGGAGUUCAGCAAAGCUUUACAAGAAAAGAAAUAUGUUGAGGCAGCCAACCACCUGGAAAGGGCAAGGACCAGUGUGGAUUCACUAAAGGGUUGGAAGACUUCCCAGCUGCCACUGCUCGGUGCUCUUGGUUCUGAGUUGACAGUGCAGAGAGAAAACUUAAUUUACCACCUGGGAGAUGAGUGGAAGCGCCUCGUCAUUUGGAGAUUACCAACCUCAAAGGAACCUGCAGGUCUGGAGUCCUUCCUAAAGGUGGAGCUGAACCUGACCUAUGAUGGCAGUAAGGACAGUGAAUCAAAGCCAUCUGCUUUGCUCCACUGUGUCCUACAAGCACUGGCCAUCCAGGGAGACCUUCAGCACAAGAUCAAACUCUUCAGUCAAGUACUGUUGAAGAACAUGCUGAAGCCACUGGUGAUGUACCCAUCACUGUCAGUGUAUGUAACAGAGCAGCAGGGUGAGGGAACCGUCCUGGCCCUACAGUGUUUGGAGGAGAGCCAUGAAGAGCGAUCCACUCCUUCACAGGUCUACAGCAAACUGCUCCUGGUGCUCAAGACACUGCACUCACACCUGCUAGAUGUGUCCAUUGGUGACAAAAAGCUCUCGGCGAUCUUGGGGGAGCUGAUUUGGGAGGAGAUUUGUCAGUGCAUCAUCCACGAGUGUCUGCUCUACUCUAUCCCCACAAACAGCACCCAGCUGGAGAAAUACAACACUGUGAUCAAGGAAACGGAGGAGUUUGAGAAGUCUCUAGUGGAAAUGCAGUAUCUGCAGGGUGAUUCCACAGACCUUCUCAAAUAUGCCAGGGAUGUCAACUGUCACUUUGCCACCAAGAAAUGCAAGGAUGUCAUCGUGACAGCUCGCAAACUCAUGACCUCCAAGAUGCACAACACUGUCAAAAUCACACCAUACUCCAAGCUGCGUCUCCCUAAGCUGCCUGCUCCAAGUUCAGCAGCGAAGGUGAAGCAAGAGACCACAAAGGAGGGGAUGACAAUGGAGAACACAAAGCAGCUGUCUGCGUGGAGUCUGCGUCUCCCAGCCUGUCGCAUCAGUGAGUCGGUGCAGCAGCUGAUGGAGCUGGCACUCAGCACCCUGUGUGAGGCCGUUGGAAGCUCCACACAGUGUGCGUUGCAACUCUUCUUCACUGUGAGAAAUAUUUUCCAGCUGUUCCAUGAUGUUGUACCAACAUAUCACAAGGAGAACCUGCUCAAGUUCCCUCACCUAGCCGCCAUCCAGCACAAUAACUGCAUGUACCUGGCCCACCACCUGCUCACCCUGGGCCACCAUUUCCAAGCUCACUUGCCACAGCCCCUCAGUGAGGGCGUUGCAACAUUUGUCGACAUGGUGCCUGGAUUCAGAAAACUGGGUGCCCAGUGCUUCUUAGCACAGCUGAAUGUCCAGAGAGCCGAGCUGCUGGAGAGACUUUCUACCGCUCACAACUUCUGUAACCUGGAUGAUGAAGAUAAUUACAUAGCAGCUAGCAAAGCAGUCAGACAGGUGAUUCAUCAGUUGAAACAGUUGGGUACAGUGUGGCAGGAUGUUCUACCGGUCAGCAUCUAUUGUAAAGCCAUGGGCAACCUCCUCAACACAGCCAUCACAGAGGUCAUUGCCAAAAUCAUGAUGCUAGAGGAUAUUUCCUCUGAGGAUGGGGAGCACCUCCACACUCUGUGCCAAACCAUCAUCGAGGAAGGUCCGCUGGUCUUCAUCCCUCUGGCGGAGGAAAACAAGAACAAGAAGUAUCAGGAGGAAGUGCCUCUCUAUGUGAGGAAGUGGAGUACCUUCAAGGAGCUGGUCAUCGUGCUGCGGGCCAACCUGCAGGAGAUUGUCGACAGGUGGGCUGACAGUAAAGGCCCACUGGCACUCGAGUUCUCCAGUUCCGAGGUGAAGAAUCUGAUCCGAGCCCUGUUUCAGAACACAGAGAGGAGGGCAGCAGCUCUGACCAAAAUCAAAUAGAUACUUGGAACACAUGACAUCCAAGAAGAUGCUAUGGCAAUUUCCCCUCUGAGGAGAAUAUGGUUCAUGCUUUUAUUGAUUUCCAUUUCCUGUUGUCUCCAUUAAAUAUGUACAGUAUAUUUACAUGUGUGUACUUCGAACAGAUGUCACAGAGAAAUGGUCGCCCUCUCAGGGUAUAAGCUGGUUGUGUGAUAUCUUCUCAGCAUUCAGACUGCAGUCAAUCCUACAGAGAUUACACUGAAGGCGUCUCUACAUCAGCAUCAUGCAACCCUAAGUUGUAUAGUGUCAGAGGUUUACACAACAGGCCAGAUGAAGUUGCGUAACCAGUGACUUGCCAUCUGUUGACGUGAU